AUGUUUUCGAAAGCAAAGAGAUUUGAUGUAGCGGCCUCAGUUAAAAGCCAAUCCAAAAUUCAAAAUAAAAAAGAACCAGAGAAAACGUGUACCAAAGUUUUACCAAAACUUAAAAUUCCGACGAGUUCCAACGAAAAUUUGGAGACACAGUCGCAGUGCGGCUCAGUACAUAGUUCAAAAUCAUUUAAAACGCCUAGACCCGUUAAAACAGCACCUCCUAUUAAAGCUCCCAGCAGCCUGAAAAAGCCUCUCUCACUUACAAAAUGUAAUUUAAAAAAAGAUACGAACAUCAAAGAUGAUCUUCUCAAGUCACACGAAGUUGAAAUUAGGAAUAAGGAUUUUACUAUCAAGGAGCAUAAUAAACAAAUCGAGGAACUCAAAUCUGAGAUAGCUAAGUUACAAAAAUUAUUGAAAACAGUUAAUGGUAGUGAAAUUGAUAAAUUACAUAACAAUUUCAGUAAAAUUGAUCUCAAAGAUCAAGCUGAUAUUGAAAAUGACUGUGAGAAGGAUGACUCGACUGUAACUAUUAAUAAUUUAAAGCAUCAGAUCAGUGUUUUGGAGAAGGAGUGUGAAAAAUUGGAACAAGAAGUUAGCAGCAAGCAGGUUGAACUAUCCUCACUCGAAGAAAUUAUCACUAUUAGAGACAGUCUGUGUACAGAUUUACAGAAAAAGCUUACCGAUGUUGAAGCAUGUCUGGAUGAGACUCGACACAGACUCGAAAUGGUCAAAGGUCAUCACGCUCUGGCCCUCGAAGCCAAUGAAAGCAUCAGACGUGAGUAUAAAGUCGAGUUAGAGACUCUCAAAACAAAACUGGAAGAAGAAAAACAGUCCAUCAUCAACAAAUCGAAAGUUGAACAAGAAAACUUGAAACAGAAGUACAAUGAUGCUAUUGAAGAUAUUAAAAACCAAAUCACAGCCAAAGAUGAUAGAAUACAUGAAUUGGAGAAUGAAAUUAUUACCAAGGAGCAGGAAAUGAAAGCUAAGUUAGAACAGAUUGAUGAAGCUACUCACGAGAAGUUGAGGCUCUGUGAGAUACAGUAUGAAGAACGGACCAGACAUCUACAAGAACAUCUCACACACCAACAGGCGGAAAUGAAACGAUUAGAAAACGAAAUCAAAGAAUUGAAGUACACCAUCACUAUAGGGGAAGAAAAAAACAAAUCUCUACAGAGAGAAAUUCUCAACAUCCAAAAUGAAAGGGACGCCGCUGAGACUGAGAAGGAAAAAUUACAGAAGGAACUAGAAGACUUAAAAGAAGAGAACACAAAAAAACAAACUCACCAUGAACAUGAGAUACAAAGACUGACCAUAGAAGCAGAUAAAGCCGUCAAAGAUAAAAAUAAAUUUGAAAUGUCUCUAUCGGUUACAAGGGAUAUAGUACAGGUGUUGACGAUGAGACUCAGAGAGUCUGACAAAGAACUCGAACAUCUGGAAAACCAGGUUCAAUCAUUGACGAACUCCAAGGAACUGCUGGAAUCAGAACUGGAAACAUUCAAGAACACUCUCAACAACACCGUACUGGAAUGCAACGAGUAUAAAGAGGCUCUCGUUAAUAUAUUGAAAUCGAAAGCUGCUCUGGCCAAAGAACACAAUAGGAUCAUGGAACACAAUGUUUCUCUUAUUGAGAGUCUGCAGAAUGUUGAGAAGGAAGCCUACCGCGAACUGGGCUCCAUUAAGAAUGAACUCAUCGAAGACGUGGAACUAUUGAAGAAGGAAUCCAACUCGCAGAUACAACAACUGAAAGAUGAGGUUGAGAAUAAGCGAGUGUUGUGUGAAUUGGCUACGGAGCAGGCGGGACAGGCCGCGGCGGCUGCUGAGAGGUCCCGGGGGCUGCUGGCGAGGGCUGCUCACGAGAUAGAGAGGCUCGAAGAUGAGAACACACGACUACAGAGACAGAUCCAAGACCAACAAUCCCUGGUUGUAGAGCUGUCUCUGCUGCGUCAGGAGAACGAGGAAUUGACUCUAUCCCUUGCUAAGCAAAGCUCCAUCAUGGACAAGAUGAAGAAGGAGGCUCCUGGACAACCGAAAUCACCCUCACUCAUGAGGAAAACCCUCAAACUUGGCAAAGAGAAUCUUCAAACCGUAGUUUCGCCUCUAAGAGAGAGGAAUCACUAA